AUGCGUGUAUUAGGACUUACGCUUAAAAUUCUAACAAGCUGCGGUUGCUGGAUUCCGAAUUCCUGGACAUCUCCUUAUAAACGUGCAAUGUAUUACGCAUAUACAACUUUUAUAUUUCUACUGAUAAAUACGUUUACACUAUCACAAUUUUUGGAUUUAAUUCUAAUCGUGGACAAUGCAGACGAUUUUAUCGAUAACUUUUAUAUAUUGCUUGCCAUGAUAAUUUCCUGUUCUAAAAUGUUUAGCCUGUUGAUAAAUCGUAAUAAUAUUGUAUUAUUAACGGAAAUUCUUACGAAAAACCCAUGUAAACCAGUUGAAGAUGACGAAUUAGAAAUUCGACAGAAAUUUGAUAAAAUUAUUGAGAUAAACACGCUGCAUUAUGCAAUUCUAGUUGAAUUUUCAUGCUCCUAUUUGGCGGUACAAUCAUUUUUCACGGCUUACUGCGAGGAAAAAUUAACAUUUAGAGCAUGGUUACCAUUCGAUUAUUCGACAACAGUGCUUUUUCACUUUACAUAUUUCCAUCAAUUAAUAGCCUUGUUUGUUGGAGCUUUUUUACAUGUUGCUUGCGAUAGUAUAAUAUGCGGACUAUUGUUGCAUAUAUGUUGUCAAAUAGAAAUAUUGAAUUCUCGUUUGAAAAGAAUUAUACAGACUCCAAAAAUUCUUCGCGAUUGCGUUAUUCAACACAACCUUCUGAUCAGCUUUGCUUGGUUAGUAAAUGAAAAAUUUCGAAUGACUAUUGUUAUACAGUUUAUUGUGAGUACAUUGGUAGUAUGUUUCAAUCUAUAUCAAUUUACGAAGUCAAUUACAAAAUAUAUGCAAUUAAUAAUGUAUAUGGGCUGCAUGUUAUCGCAAAUCUUUUUUUAUUGCUGGUAUGGUAAUGAAGUUAAAUUAAAAAGUCGACAACUAGUCGAUAGCAUAUUCGAAAUGGAAUGGUUUGAAUUAAACAAGUAUACCAAACAAUCUUUAUUAAUGAUUAUGAAACGAAGUUCAAGACCAAUCGAGCUUACUAGUGCUUAUGUUAUCUCUAUGAAUCUUGAUUCAUUCGUGAGUAUACUUAAAACAUCGUAUUCGGCUUACAACAUACUAAAACAAAUGUAA